UCACGAGAAGAAGUAAAUCUUCAACAAAGUAUCUAAGAAAGAAGAAGAGAGAAAAAAAGAAAUGGAAACAACGACUUUUAACACACCGACACGAAUUGGAAGCUGGUCAUCGACUAUUUCUCAACCUCUACAAACGUGUGGAUCUUUCAAGUGGAAACUACCAACGGCAAAUUCAACAAGAAGAGGUGUCAUUGUUGCAGAUGUUCAAACUUCAAAUAUCCGAUGGCGGAGAGCAACAACGAGCAGAGGAAAUGUUGCAGCAGAAGCAGGCAGAGUUCCUACAUCGGUACCGGUAAGAGUGGCGCAUGAGCUAGCUCAAGCAGGAUAUCGAUAUCUCGACGUGAGGACACCAGAUGAAUUCAGCAUCGGACAUCCUUCUAGUGCCAUCAACGCCCCUUACAUGUACAGAGUCGGAUCAGGGAUGGUCAAGAACCCGAGUUUUCUAAGGCAGGUCUCGUCCCACUUCAGGAAACACGACGAAAUCAUCAUCGGUUGUGAGAGCGGGCAAAGGUCUUUCAUGGCGUCAACUGAUCUUCUCACGGCUGUAAGGUUUCACCGCGGUCACAGACAUUGCUGGAGGAUACGUUGCCUGGACAGAGAAUGAACUACCUGUAGAAGAGUGAUAAGCAAACACGAGACCACUCCGUUUGUGAUCUGUAAAUACAUGGAUAAUGUAAAAUUUCUCAACACAAGUGUUUUAUGCAUCUAGAUGCACUACCAAAUAAUACGAUUACUCGUUUUACUUCUA